AUGAUGGACACGGGCGUGUACCGCUACGAGCGCAACCGUGAGAGCCACGAGUUCUUCAGCCCCGGGCCGCUCUCCUCUGCGCGCACCGCCACGGCGCCGUCCGCCAUCUUCAACCUCGUGAGCACCAUCAUCGGUGGCGGUAUCUUGUCGCUCCCUUUUGCGUUUGACAAGUGCGGACUCGUCGUGGCGCUGAUCUUCAUGGCCAUUGCUGCUUCAGCCUCGACCUUCAGCCUCUACGUCAUUGUGAGCUGCAGUCGACGUGGACGGGCUUGUUCGUACGAAGAAGUCGUGCGCAAAGCACUGGGGCCUCGCGCCGGUCACGUUACCGUCGUGCUGCUCGUGCUGCUCACGUUCCUCACGCUCGUGGCAUACGUCAUCCUCACGAAAGACCUCGUGGGGUCGCUAGGGGCCAAGUUUCUCUACCAUCGCCCCAUCUCGGGGACCGAGCAAAACGGUCUGACCCUCCUCUGUGUGCUCCUCGUGUCGCCAGCGCUGCUCGCGCGCUCAAUGAACGCACUACGCUUCACCUCCGUCUUCAGCCUCAUGUCGGUGCUCGUGCUGGCCACUACCAUCACGAUCCGCGCGGUCGGUACGGUCGUGGCCGGCGGUCCCGACGUCGAGGCAGUCGCGACGACUGAUGUGCGCGUUCCAAUCAAGUUGUUCCCCGACAGCUGGGUCGAUGCCGCGUACGCGUUCCCCAUUAUCUCGGUGGCGUUUCUCUGUCACUUUAACGUGCUGCCCGUGUACCGAGAGCUGCACAAGCCAACGCGCCACCGCCUGAAAAAGAUCGUGGCGUCCACGAUGUUCUACACGUGGUUGUUCUGCAUGCUUGUUGGGACGAUGGGCUAUCUCUUUGCCUUCCAGCAGCCAGGAGGAGUGCAAGGGGAUAUCCUGAACAACUUUAGCGUCGACGACCACCUGGUGAACCUCGGGCGACUUGGCUUGCUCAUCACGAUUCAACUGAGUUUGGCACUCAUCAUCCAGCCAUGUCGAGCCAACGUCCUUCGACUUGCUCGGAUUAUCCAGAGCUACGUGCAAGAACACGGUACAACGUUCGAGUCGAAGAACUCGGAAGGAAGAGACAUGGUUGGAGAAAACACAACGCUUCUAGCUACCAACAGAUCCGCCACUGCAUCGAUUGGGACACUCAAUCCCUCCACGCCAGCGACGUUUCGCGCGCGUGUGGUCCACGUGCUGCUCACUGUCGGCAUCAUGGCCAGUGUUGUCAUCAUUGCACUGAUCUCGCCGGGAGUGGCUGUCGUGUGGAACCUCAUGGGCUCGACGGUCGGUCUCCUCAUUUCCUACGUCUUACCGUGCGUAUCCUACGUGAACAUCCGCCACGAGAAGUCAAACAUGGACAGACGUAAACUUACGGCCUGGAUCAUUUUCGUCCUUAGCUCUGUCGUUUGCGCCGUGUGCACCGUGCAAGCAUUUGUGUCGGUCUUUCUCCUCUAG